CCUGUGCGGGGAAUAUACCCUUUAGCUAUGGCGAGCGCCUUGCAAACCAGCUGCCGUGUUCUCGGCAGAGCACACGCCCGUCGCGCGAAUAUUCCACGUUCUUGUAGAGCUAUAUUCUUCGCUACUAGGCUUGGGCCCUCCGUGAGCGCCUAUACUCCAUGCCAAGCGCUUCCAACGCGGUCUAGGGUUCCUCAUUUGUGUUGCUCCGCCGGGACGAGGAGAAUGGCGGCGCUGGCAAUCGACAAGGAGCUAAAUCCUCUCCUCAAGGGUGGAUCGUUGCCUCUCUACGACAAGGUCGAUGCAACGCAUGUCGUCCCCGGGAUCCGGCAGCUGCUGGAAGAACUGGAAGCGGAGCUUGUCAAGCUGGAGCAAAAUCUCAAGCGUGAUUGGGAAUCCCUUGUUCAUCCCCUGGAGCGCAUCACGGAUCGAUUGACUGUGACGUGGGGAAUCGUUGAGCACCUGAAGGCUGUCAAGGAUAGUUCCGAGCUACGCGCGGCUGUCGAAGAAGUACAGCCCGAGAAAGUGGCCUUUUUGCUGAGACUCGGCCAGAGCAAACCUCUCUAUAAAGCUUUCAAGGAGAUUCAAGACGGACCAGGAUUUAAGAAUCUCACGGACGCUCAGAAGAGAAUUGUGGAAGCUCGGUUGAAGGACGCCACGCUUAAUGGUGUAGCGCUAGAAGGAGAGGAAAAGAAACGAUUCAACGAGAUUGAACAGGAAUUGGAACUUCUUGGGACGAAGUUUAGCGAGCAUGUUUUGGACUCGACCAAGAAGUAUCAAAAGUUAGUCGUAGAUAAAGCUGAUAUUGAAGGACUGCCACCCACUGCUCUUGGUUUGGCUGCACAGACGGCAUGCUCAAAGGGUCACGAGGGUGCUAACGCAGAAAACGGACCAUGGAUGUUUACGCUAGACCUGCCUAGCUACAUGCCCGUGAUGAAAUUUGCAAAGAAUCGAGCUUUGCGGGAAGAGAUGUAUCGGGAAUUUAUCACUGUUGCCUCUGAAGGUGACCUGGACAAUACUCCUGUGAUCAACAAAAUUCUGGAACUCCGCUUGGAGAAAGCGAAGCUACUUGGCUACAAGAAUUUUGCCGAGGUCAGUAUGGCUAUGAAAAUGGCAACAACAGAAACUGCUAAUGAGCUCUUAGAAAAACUUCGUCUCAGCUCAUGGGAUGGUGCUCUUAAAGAUUUUGAGGAACUAAAGUCUUUUAGUAAGUCCAAAAAUGCACCAGAAGCUGAUGAUCUUUCUCACUGGGAUCUAACUUAUUGGAGCGAACGCUUGCGUGAAGACAGAUACGAUGUUAAUGAGGAAGAACUGCGGCCUUACUUUUCGUUGCCAAAAGUAAUGGAUGGGCUGUUCAACCUUGCCAAAUAUCUUUUUGGCGUUCAGAUUGAACCUGCAGACGGCAUGGCACCUGUCUGGAACAAGGACGUGAGCUUUUUUCAAGUGAAAGACUUGGCUGGUGAGCCUUUAGCUUUCUUUUACUUCGAUCCUUAUUCGAGGCCCUCGGAAAAGCGGGGUGGUGCUUGGAUGGAUAUUGUGGUGGGACGGAGCCGUGUCCUUGCACCCCGAGGCAGCUCUGUGCGCUUACCUGUUGCUCACAUGGUUUGCAACCAAACGCCUCCUGUUGGAAAUGAGCCUAGUCUAAUGACAUUCCGGGAGGUGGAAACUGUGUUCCAUGAAUUCGGGCAUGCGUUACAGCACAUGCUCACUAAACAAGACGAAGGUUUAGUCGCAGGAAUCCAUGGUGUUGAAUGGGAUGCUGUGGAGCUUCCUUCUCAAUUCAUGGAGAAUUGGUGUUACGAUAGGAAAACUCUCAUGAGCUUUGCCGUGCACUAUAAAACGGGUGAGCCAUUAUCAGAGGAUGUGUACGAGAAGCUCAAGGCCGCAAGGACGUUCCGGGCUGCAUCUUUAAUGAUGCGUCAACUCCACUUUGCGAUGACUGAUCUGGAGCUCCAUGGAAGAUUCAAAGUCGGUGGCUCGGAAACAGUGUAUGAUGUCAACAGGAGAGUGGCAGAGAAAACUCAAGUCUUGCCCCCCCUUCCGGAAGACAGGUUCCUUUGCAGCUUUCUCCAUAUCUUCUCAUGUAAGUGCCUUUGUUGUCUUGCUCAUCUUUCUGAAUGCCUUCUUGCAGCGGCAUCAUAUGCAGCUGGAUACUACAGCUACAAAUGGGCAGAAGUUCUUUCUGCUGAUGCUUUCGGGGCAUUUGAAGAAGCUGGACUGGACAAUGAAAACGCGAUCAAGGAAACUGGAAGGCGAUUCAGAGACACUGUUCUCGGGCUUGGAGGAGGCAAACCUCCUCUCGAGGUUUUCAAGAGCUUUCGCGGCAGAGAACCUUCCACUGAAGCGUUGUUGCGGCAUAGUGGUCUAUUGGCUGUGGCAUCAUAGGACUCAAAAAAUUUCAAUCACUCCAAAGGUUUGAGAAUCAAAAGUUUUAAUCUUCUAAUGGUAUGAGCAGUCAAGA